UAUCUUCACAAUCCUUCAAAUCCAUCCUAUAUAUAAAGGAACCGGCAUUAUAUAUAUAUAUAUAUUCAAUAAUCCAGCGAGAAAACGAAACAAAACUCUCAAGCAUGGUACUCCCUCGUAUGGCGCAUCAACGAGGAAAACUUCAAACAAAUUUCAUUAAGGAGACAAGUACUGCCGGACUCCAAACACUAAUCCUAUAUCCUGAUGCUCUCAAUGUAAUAUGGGGUGGACCUAGCUCGAACAACCGUUACUGGAAACGUACAACUAUUGACGGAUCACAAGCACUUGAGCUCGUUGGAGUCUACUGGCUUGAAGUUAGUGGGCGAUUACCAUUGAGUGAACUAACACCGGCAAAGAAAUACAAAUUGUACUUUGUCAUUCAAAUGAGCCAGAAUUCAUCGGGUUGGGAUAAUUACGACGUGUGGUUUAAUAUUCGAAUAGCAGGACAAAGAUCACAACGGCAAAAGAUGAGAUUUAAUAGACUUACUCGAAGUGAUUGGCAUAAUGUUCCUGAUAAUGGUCUUGAAUUUACCGUCCCUGAGGAAAGUAACGCUGCAUUAACUUUCGCAAUGUAUGAUAUCGAAUGCGAAGAACUUAAAAAAGGUCUUCUUAUUAAAGAAGUAAGAAUUCAGGAGGUUGGUCAAUAGGUAAACCAGCUUUAAGAUCAAGGAAUUAGAAUAAAUAUCCAUAUCUAUAUCUACGCAUUGUUUGCUUAAAUUAUUUACUUAAACUUAAAAAGUCUGUAUUGUAUGUUCCUGGCUAGUAAUUUCAAGUAUUGGCUUUUCUUUUAUCGUA